AAUCCUUCUCGGGGGCGGUCAGGAGUGCGGGGAGAGCAGCACCGCAGGCCGGGCUGGGUGUCGGAGGGGAGGGCUGAAGGAAAUGGCUCUGUCAGCCAUUCCUUCUGUACCUGACAGAUUCUGCUCUUGUUUAACAGCUGUUGCAGAUACUCAAAGAGACGCUUGUUAAAUUAUUUUUAGGAUCGGAUCCACCAUGCUCCUGUCCCAUCAGGGGCUGCCGUUUGGUUUGGGGCACAGUGAUGCUUUUGUAGAAUGGGGCUCAGUUACUUUUCUUCCAUCUCAUGUUCAAUGCUGGAAGACAAAACUUAUCAAUGGUAGGAAAGUUAGAUUUGUGAACUGCUGCUUAAGUGCAAGGACAAUAUUUUGUAUGUUGCCAUGUCUGAAGAUGCUUUAUUGGAAGAGGACAUUUGGGAAUACAAAUCAAUUAGGAAGCGAAAGCCACAGAGUAACUCAAACAGUACCUCUGUGUCCAUGCAGACAGUAACCAAAGGCAAAUGCAGGCUGAAAAGAAAGGGAAAUGGAAACAAAUCUGUGGAUAAAAGUAGUACUCCUCAGAAAAGCGGGCAGAGAUUGAGGUCGAGCGAGGACCUGGAUCCAUCUAAAGAUGACAACAGUGUGCACACUCAGGAAAGCCUGAGCAGCCUGACAGAACAGGGCUCACCAAGCACAAGGCUGGUUUGUGAUGGAUAUUGCCCAAGCUGUCAGAUGCCCUUCUCCUUGCUGCUGGUGCAGACACCUCGCUGGCAUGUUGCUGAAUGUUUGGAUACUCCAGGAUCUGUUGAAAAAGAGUGUCCUGAUGGUUUACUGUGCACAUCUACCAUUCCAUCCCACUACAAGCGCUAUAGCCAUUUUCUACUUGCAGCAAGCAGAGCAGGAGAAUAUCUUGUGAACUCUACAGCAAACACUUUGGAGAGGAAGAUGACAUGUUCUACUGCUGCAAAGUCCAGCUGUUUUCCAAGUCAUGUAGAAGUCUCGCAGACUGAGAAAACAUCUAAGAACUUAAAAAAUGUCCCAGAUAAUGAGUGUACAUCAAAGAUACAGGAUUCGGCACAAAGGAAAUCUCUAAAUAUAACCAGUGAAAGCACUUCCUCUUUUGCAGAUGUUCAAAAGCCUCAACAAGUAUUUCAGCCCACACAAACCACAGAUAACAGCUGUAAGUUUGAAUUUUAUGACUUUACACCUUCACAAGAAAGUGUUCCGGGAGAAGACCUUUGUAGUCAAAAAGAUACGAGUCAGCCAAGCCUACUACAGUCAAAAGCUGAUUUCAGUGACUGGGAAAUUUCAUAUUCUCCACUGAGUACUUGUGAGGAAAGUGAGGGUGAAGUUGAGGAAGAGAGAGAAGUAAAAACAUCACAGAAUAAACUACUCAAAGUCCAGAAUCUUGAAGGUGAUGAAUCUGAUGCUGAAGUUCUUAAAUUUGAAAAGCAACACUGUGAGGAAAUAAAUACAUCAAGCUGUUUGUAUCAUAGUGGAAAAAGUGCUUCUCAGAGUUAUGUAGACAGCAAAUGCUGUAAUUCACCAUGUGUAGAUAAUCAGCAAGUGAUGCUACCAGCAGAAUCCUCUUUUCCUCUUAAUUGCAAUGAGGAGUUUCAACAGCCAGGAUUGAUUUCCCCUGCAGUUAACACAGGUAAUAAAGAGUCACAAGACAAGGGUGCUUGUGCCUUGGAUUCUGGGUAUUCAGGUCUUAUUCAUACACAACCAGAGCUGCUUACAGAAGGUGCUGGAUCUCCUUUGUCUCAAAAAAAUAAGGUUUUGAGAGGCCCAAGUGUUGUUUUAACUAAUAUGGAUAAAAUGACUGCUGAUGCCAUUGAAAAAGGAGCUUGCCAAGAGAGUUUGCAGCCAGCGGUGAAGAAAGAAGAAAACCUCGAUUCAACUGGUGUGUGCUUUCCCAGCCCCAUCUCUAAAACGGUCUCAUCUCGUUCCUUAGCAAGUAUGAAGGCCAAAUCAAGUCCUGCCAAAGGACUCAAACAAAUGGACAUUGGUGUUUUCUUUGGGUUAAAACCUAAAGUAAAAGAGGAAAGCAAAGGAGAGGCGUGUUUGAGUGAGGGAAAGCAGAUACUCAGUUCAGUUGCUCCCAGUGGAAAGAAGCCCAGACAGCAAAAAAGAAAAGCUGAAGGAUCUGUGGAGGAUCUAGAAGCAGUUAAAGAAAGUUCAAAUAAGGAUGGAGGCUUUCCAGAUGUAACUUCUGGUGGCCAAAGGAAGUGGAGAAAAAGAUUUAGAGAAUCAUCUACUCCAGAUGAAGGAGCAAGGAAAAAACAGUGUCCUUUCUACAAGAAAAUACCAGGAACUGGCUUUACAGUUGAUGCUUUCCGGUAUGGAGAAAUAGAAGGCUGCACAGCCUAUUUCCUCACUCAUUUUCACUCUGAUCACUAUUGUGGGUUGACAAAAAACUUUGUAUUUCCACUGUACUGUAAUAAGAUAACUGGCAAUCUGGUGAAGAGCAAACUUCGAGUCAAAGAGCAGUACAUCAAUGUGCUGCCAAUGGACACAGAAUGUAUGGUGAAUGGGAUCAAAGUGUUGUUGCUUGAUGCCAAUCAUUGUCCAGGUGCAGCAAUGAUCCUUUUUUACCUGCCUGGUGGAGCUGCUAUUCUGCACACAGGAGACUUCAGGGCAGAUCCUUCUAUGGAACGUUACCCUGCUUUGAUUGGUCAAAAAAUCCACACCCUUUACCUUGAUACCACGUACUGUAGUCCUGAAUAUACCUUUCCUUCUCAACAAGAGGUUGUCCAGUUUGCUGUCAAUACGGCCUUUGAGAUGGUGACUUUAAACCCCCGCACUCUAGUUGUCUGUGGCACCUAUUCCAUUGGGAAAGAAAAAGUCUUUUUAGCAAUUGCUGAAGUUCUGGGUUCCAAGGCAAGCAUGUCCCGUGACAAAUAUAAAACACUGCAGUGUUUGGAGUCAGCAGCUGUUAAUUCCCUCAUCAGUACGAACUGGAAUGGUAGUUUGCUUCACAUUCUCCCCAUGAUGCAAAUUAAUUUUAAGGGGUUGCAAGAUCAUCUGAAUAAGUUUUCUGAGAAUUUUGAUCAAGUUCUGGCUUUCAAACCUACUGGGUGGACCUACUCUGAUUCAUGCCUUUCUGUGAUGGAUAUCAAACCGCAGACAAGAGGAAAGAUCACCAUUUAUGGGAUUCCUUACAGUGAACACAGCAGCUACCUGGAAAUGAAACGUUUUGUUCAGUGGUUGAAGCCGCAGAAAAUUGUCCCCACUGUAAACGUUGGUGACUGGAGAGCCAGAAGCUUGAUGGAAAAACAUUUUAGAGACUGGAUGAUUGAGGGCAGUGGACAUAAGUAAGGAAAAAUGUGUAUUUCAAAGAAGAGAAGCUGAAUGGGAAAUUCAGAGUUCCUGUGAAAUUGUGACUCUUUUGUACAUGGAACUCUGGGAAGGAGACCACUGCCAUUCUCCUGAGAAAAAUGGACUGGUGGGAGGGUACCUUGUUUUCUGAUUUACCUACUAAUAUAUUUCCCUAUCACUUGUUUGCAAAUGCCUAUUUCAGUUUAUUCUUAUCUUAUUCUUUUUAUCCUGUUCUUAAUUUUCUUCAGAUCAUGGAGAUGCCCAGACGUACAGUGCUGGGGGAGAAGCCACCUCCAGGUUAAUCUUAUUGGAAAACAUGUUAUUGUAAUAAAUGAAACAGCAUUAUGCUCAUGCAAUGUGCUACCAGCUCAGGCUUCAGAGGAGCUCAUUUUUUCAUAAGCUGGAAUUAGUGUUAAUUAAAACUUUGUUUCCAAAGUGAAACUACUCUCACUCUAUGUGAGAGUAUUGGUGUAGCCUCUGCAGUAUACAUGCUUGCAAGAAUGAAUUUUAUAGAAGACACUGUUAAUUAUAUUAUGGUCAAGAUUUUUUAAAAAUAAAGAACAUACAUGAAGCA